AUGGUGAAUGAAAAUGUUCUGAGUGGUGGUGCACCUGAAUUUCCCGAAUUUUCAACACAAAUAACUAUUGCUAAUGAGGAUUCAACUCCUAAGAGCAAGAAAAACCAGCAACCAGCAUGGAACAUUGAACAAAAUUUGGUGCUAAUUAGUGGGUGGAUCAAAUUUGGAAUAGCAGUUUAUGAUGGCGUUAAGCGUUUCCAAGGAAACGGUUGGUUCGAGAAUGAUGUUUUGGCAAAAGCGCAGGAAAUAUACGAAUGUGGGAAGAAUGUUCGAUUCACUUUAAUGGAAGAAUGGAAUGCUCUCCAUGAUCAACCACGUUAUAGUAGUCAGGUAGGAUCUGGAAGUAGUGGAUUUAAGAGAUCUCACGAGAGUGAUGCAUGUGGCUCAAACUCUGUAAGAUCUAGUGCUCGUCCUAUGGGUAGGGAGGCAGCUAAAAAAAAGGGUAAAAAAAAAAGCAAGGAAACCUCGGAGGUAGUGGAAAAAGAAUGGGCUGAAUUUCAAACAAUUAAGGGAUAA